AUGUCGAACGGUCUCAGUUUGCCGAAGUACGCCAAUAUGCCAUUCAGGCCUCCGCGGAUGGCGAAGCAAGGGGACAAAAGGCGGGGCGGAGACUCCACUGCGGGCGGCGAGACGGCUGUGGUGCGCGAGGGUGGCUUGGGAAAGAGUGUGAAAGACCAGGAGCAGACUGGUGAUGGCUUGAAGAGGCCUAAACGCGAAACCAAGAUAUUCAUGGUGACAUACAGGAAGGCCAGCAACAAGAAGAACAAGACUUGGGAUGGAGAUGGCUACGGGGUGCUGCGGAGUGGCGAGCAACUGAGAGUUUACAAUGGCGACGGUAAAGCGCUGGGCACGUACCAUUGGCAGGCGGAUCGUGCCAUGUCUGAUGUGGUAUUUCGAUGCGGGGCCGGGUGGGAGUGCCAGCUGGACUACGAAAUCAAGGACGAACGUGAAUUUUCAGCCGCCCUAGAUACUGUCAAGGGUGCGCUAGCCCCCGAAAAGAAGUCGCCCUGCCGCACGACCGUGCAGCCUGGGCCUGGAGCAGGCGGGAACAACACGCCGACACGCGUACCUCUGUCCAAGCUCUUUGUAGGUGCGAAAAACACCAAGUUCAAGCCAGUGAUGCGCUCUGCGGAUGCCGCUAUCGCGGCAGGCAGUGCCGCUUCGGGCCGCCACUGUGCGCUAUUCGAUAAGACACAGAUAGAUGACCCACUGGUCAUGAACAAAGCCGGUGACGACGAAGUCGAAGUUGUAGUCGAUCCUAUUUUGUCAAAAAAGCUACGCCAGCAUCAGAGAACAGGUAUUAAAUUCAUGUAUGACUGCGUCCGGGGGCUCGCAAGGUCCGAGAAGGACGAUGAUAGAACAGUGAUGAUCUUGGAAUAUGAUAGUGAUGUCAAGGGUUGUCUGUUGGCGGACGAGAUGGGAUUAGGGAAAACAUGCAUGACGAUUGCUCUGAUCUGGACGCUACUGAAGCAGCAUCCCAGGCCAUCGUCUGUUCCAUGCUCGCAAUUGGGGGUUGCGUUGCAGGGUAUUUGCCAGAAAGUUCUCGUGGUAUGCCCGGUGACUCUGAUUGGCAACUGGAAGAAGGAGUUCAUCAAAUGGCUGCCGAUGAAUAGAAUUGGAAUCUUGACGCUAAGUAGCAAGAAUACCCCAGAAAAAGACAAAAAUGACGUUCGCAACUUUCUGAGGGUUCAACGUACCUACCAGGUGCUAAUUCUUGGUUAUGAAAAGCUGCUGAAUGUCUUUUCAGAGUUAGACCAGGCUAAAAGCAAAUUGGACUUAUUAAUCUGCGACGAAGGUCACAGGCUUAAGAAUUCAUCAUCCAAGAUACUGAAGUGCUUAACCGAUUUGGAGAUUGAACGGAAGGUGAUUCUGACUGGUACGCCCAUCCAGAACGAUCUAAAUGAAUUUUAUACAAUCAUCAAUUUUAUCAAUCCUGGCAUUCUGGGCACCUUUGCACACUUCAAGCGAGUAUACAUAACACCUAUUACCAGGGCUAGAGAUGUAAACAACAAGCAUAAUGACCAAAUUGUCUCUCUCGGGGAAUCCAGAUCACAAGAUUUAAUUGAAAUAACAAAAAAGUUCAUCCUGAGAAGAACCAGCUCCAUCAUUGCAGAUUACCUACCACCGAGGACAGAUAUUGUAGUGUUUUGCAAGCCAACACAGCAUCAGCUAGAUGCUUUUAAUCAAGUGCUGGUGGGAACCCGCGUGGACUUUCAAAAUAUGUCCUUUAAUUCCUCACUUGGGUUGAUAACACUGUUCAAAAAGAUAUGCAAUUCUCCAAGCCUAGUAAGUUCGGAUUCAUACUUUCAGAGCAAGGUAAAUGGGGGCACCCCCGCUUUGAGAAUAGCACAAAGUACAACUUCUGGGAAACUUAAAGUGCUCAUGUCUCUACUGCACCAAAUAGCGCACCGCAGUGAUAACGAAAAAGUUGUGGUUAUCUCUAAUUACACUCAGACACUCGAUAUCAUAGGAAACCUUAUGUCGUCUGCAAGUUUAUCGUAUCUACGUUUGGAUGGUUCGACACCCACGAAAGAGAGGGAUGCAAUAGUGAACGAUUUCAACCGGAGUCAGACUAUUUUUGGAUUUCUAUUGAGUGCCAAAUCAGGUGGCGUUGGGUUAAACCUCGUCGGUGCAUCAAGACUAAUCCUAUUCGAUAACGACUGGAAUCCGUCCGUCGACCUGCAGGCAAUGUCGAGAAUUCAUAGAGAUGGUCAGAAAAAACCUUGCUUUAUCUACCGGCUUGUCACUACCGGAUGUAUCGACGAGAAGAUAUUCCAGCGGCAGCUGAUGAAGAAUAAUCUCAGUAAAAAGUUCUUGGAUGACCACUGUGAUGACAAAUCUAGUGAUAACGUCUUCGAGCAGGAAGACUUAAAAGAUUUAUUCAGCGUCCAAAGUGGAACGCUCAGUAACACACACGACUUACUUUGUUCUUGUGAAGGUUCCGGGGAAGAAUUUGAGGACACAAAUACUCCUCCACCUUCCAGUGAAAACACUGAAGGUGGAAAAGCCAAGAUGACGGGCUGGAUGCGAGCCUUAGACGUAAAAAAUAUCAUGGACAAUUCCCAGAAGCAGCAGUCCGCUUUAAAGGCCACCAUAAUGAAGAAAUGUCUCGUUGGGUAUAGGCAUAUUAAUCCGCGCUUAAUGAGCGAUUUUGGUGAUCAUAUAUUGGAACGGACAUUAGAAGAAUACCCAGAUAGCGUGACAUUUGCAUUUGUGAAAAGAAACAAAUAA